AUGGUGAAAGUGUAUCCAGUAGAACUAAAAAGAAGAGCGAAUUUCAUGCACCGGUGUGAUGUGUGUACAUCAGCUGCCCUACUGGCCCAGCAACUGGAACAGCGACCCCAGUUUAAAACCUUGCUAUAUAAUCCUUUAGAUAACUUGAGGGGGUUUUGUACAGGGUUAGAAAUGGGAGGUGGUAAGCGAAUUGAAUAA